AGAAAGCCUGGUGCCAAAUGCUGCCUAAAACCGUCGGUUCGUUAUUUGUUGUCGCACCCGUUACUGCGGUGUCCGCUGUAGAAAUUGCACGGUCAGACAGUCCGGCCUUUGACGUAGGUACGUCUGCUCUAUCUGUCAUGUCGGUUCCACUUGGGCUGUGUCGCGUUAGGUUCUGUUGCUCUAGAGUAAUGUAUUACUGUAGAUUCGACCAGAGUAUACACUGAAAGUUUACAGACAAAACAUUAUUGAUGUAUACCAUGGUGUUUAUCGACAAUGUUGAGCGCAACCGAACGACAGCGCUGUUGGUUUCUCGCCGACGCGUCUACGGGUGGUGAGCGCCAUGCAUGAAGAUCGCUGGUACUUCACAAAAGAACAGCUGGAGAAUACGCCCAGCAAACGAUUCGGAAUCGAUGCCGAUAAAGAGCUGUCGUACAGACAGUUUGCCGCCAACCUAAUCCAAGAAAUGGGACAGAGGCUGCACACCACCCAAUUAUGCAUAAACACGGCAAUCGUGUACAUGCAUCGUUUUUACAUGUACCACCCGUUCACGCUUUUUCAUCGCAACUCAAUGGCUACCGCGUGCCUUUUUCUAGCCGCCAAAAACGAAGAACAACCUCGUAAGUUGGAACACGUACUUAAAGUGUCUAUCAUAUGUUUACACAAGCAACAAGGACAAAGUUUGCACAACGUAGAUUCAAAGUCCGAAGCUUACCUGGAACAGGUGCAAGACUUGUUGAAAAACGAAGAGACACUGCUGAAAACUUUGGGCUUCGAAACGGCUAUCGAUCAUCCUCACACGCAUAUCGUCCGGUGUUGUCAUUUGGUCAGAGCCAGCAAGGACCUGGCUCAGACAGCGUAUUUCAUGGCGUCCAACAGUUUACAUUUAACUACAAUGUGUGUCCAGUACAAACCUACGAUCGUGGCGUGCUUUUGUAUACACCUAGCGUGUAAAUGGUCGAAAUGGGAGUUGAAAGACAGUAUGGAGGGCAAGCCGUGGUUUUGGUAUGUAGACCAAACGGUCACUAUCGAAUUAUUAGAACAGUUGACUACAGAGUUUUUGGCGAUAUUCGAUAAGUGUCCGUCGCGCCUAAAGAAACGGCUAAUGGCUACAAACACGAUGGAUAAAAACGGAGCGUUGGCCAAUUACUGUUCGACGCAACAACUGCAGUCGCCCGUACCACAAUUACCUUCUAACUACAGGCACCAGAGUCAGUCGCGGAUGACCAACAACAGGCCUACACCUUCUAAACCUCCUCCUGUAGUUUUCCAACCUCCGACCAGAACAAAUGGCGUACCGGCAGAUCAUAAAUUUGCUAUGCCCGCGAGACCAGUUGUCAAAGACCAACCGGCAGCGGCGGCGGCGUCAGCACCUCCGAUCGUUCCUAGUAAACCCCUUGCUCCAGUCAAACCUAAAAUAGAAGUACCAAUAGUUUUAAACAAUAUAAAAACCGAAAACGUCACGCCACAACAAAGACCUAAGCCUAUACCCAAGCCUCCCGAACCUGUCGUCAUUAAACAAGAAGUGGUCAUCAAAACCGAACCUGUACGAAAUCCGUACCCCGUUAGUCGGGAUAACCAUUCCGAAGUGAUAUCGAGCGUGCUUAAGGAAAUGACCAAGCAAAACGAUUUAAACAUUUUAUCUGUGAUCAAAACGGAAAGAGAAUCUCCGCCAAAAGUAAAAAAGCCAUCGAUAUUCAGUCCAGUUCCCGAGGAUGAACCUCAAGACAUUAAACCUUUCAUUCCCGUUGUCGAACCUGAAAUAGUUAUUAUUAAACCCGAGCCGUUAAGCCCAGAGGUACCUGAACCCGAAUUCGACCCCGAGCUGUUGCUGAAUCCUGUUUGUCACACGAGCGCGGAUGAAACGGUGGACGGGGAUCAGAGUAGUUUAAAUACACAUAAAAAGAAGAAGAAAAAACACAAAGAGGAAAAACGGGAGAAAAAGAAACACAAAAAGGAUAAGAAACACAGAGACGGCGAUCAUCACAAACACAAACAUAAAGACAAACACAAAGAGCCCGAACCGAUCAGAAUAACCAUACCAAAAGAAAAAAUUAAACAAAUCCCACCCGUCGUAAUAACCACACCACAUUCACCGCCUAGAGGUAUUAAAUUGAAAAUAGCCAAGGAACGAAUCGGAGGGAGCGGUUCCGGAUCGGGGAGUAGUUUGCGCAUAAAAAUCAGUAAAGACGACCGAGGAAUGAAGAGGGAACACAGUCCCGGCGAAAUCACUCCCAAGAAAGUCCGGAAGGAGCAACAAAGGGAUUCCGAUUCCGGACUGGGUCAUAGUCAGAGUUAGUAUUUAACGUUGUGAAACCGUAGUCGAAACAAUAUUAAAAUGUUUUGUUUAUUAAUUAAUUUACCCGGAAGCAUUUAAAUAAGCAAUUUAAAUUUGUUUAAUCGUUUUUGUUUUUAUUUCAAAUGUUUUGAAUCGUAAAUUUCAAAAAACAAAAACAAAAAAGUGGGGGAAAAAAAUGUAUUUUUCAAUAACCAUCUUUUUUUCAGUAGAUUGUUUCGACUACUGGUGCGUGUCGAUGUGCAAUACAAAUGCUCUUCCCGACACUUUUGUUUUUGUUUCGUUGUUAACAAUUUAAAGUGCCUUUCUUUUGUUUUUUUUUUUAUUAUUAUUACUAUUAUUUUUAUGUACAUAACAAGUAAAAAUAAAUAACAAAUAAUAAUAGAACAUUAUUAACUUAAUGAGUAGACCUCCUCCUAGUUAUAUUAUAUACAUACUCGUACACAUAAAUAUUAUAAAACGGCUGAGCAUUAUUAUCCCGCACAUCUCAAGCUAUCGACUAUAAUAUUGAUUUUUGUGAUAAUCGGCAUUGUUGCCACGUACCUAUUUGAACCAUUGUAAAUAAUGUAAUGUCGACUGAGUUAACAAUCAUAGAGAAAUUAUGGUUUUCUUUUAGUAUAAUUACAUAAUAUUUAAACCGUGUAUGUUACAGAGCUCAUAAUAUAUAUAUAUAUAUAUAUAUACACAAAUAUAUAUAACUAUUUCCUCUCUGCCCGAUAU